AUUUUCAAUUUCUUUUCGGUGGAUAAGUUGAAGGUGAAAAAAUGGCUAGUCCGAAUCUUGAGGCGGAAACAACAUCGAUGUUUAUGCAAAAAGGAGAUAGUAGGAAAGUCAAAAGUCCUACGCGAUCAGAGAUGAGUUCUAGAAGAAAUUCCGCUAUAAAAACUAAUAUUCCACCCGAAAUCAUCACCGUAAAGGAUUUCUUUGAUUUUAUGAAGACUGCUUAUCAAGUUUACGAGCAUUUGGAAGGGGAAGGAGACGAAGGAACCAAGAUUGACUGGGAAGAGCUGACGAAACUAACUGUUAUCAACCACGUGAUUGAACAAGGGGAACGGGAUUUACUGUAUCAAACUGCAUAUACGGAGCAAAAGCCAGUUAUAAGCAAAAGCGAUACUGCACUCGCAAGAAAAAACAACGAAAUAGAGCAAUUAGGAAAGCGGUACAGCUGCAGUGAAAUAGAGGAUAAAGUAAGGAGGAGGUCUUUGCCACCGGAUGCUAAGGUAGAAAUGUUGGGAGUAUGGACUGAAGCCAAUUUAAACUGUAAACUUAACGAUGUUAUAAAUGAAGGAAUAUUGGAUUCCAUUCUCCCUUACCUUGUAGGAUACAAAAAACCCACAAAGACGACAAGUGCCUAUGCGCCUAUUAUCAAAAAGUCUUCUACUACUUCAACGGAAGUUAAAAAACCUGCCAGUUUUGGAGGUUUUGUAAACGAAAAAGAUUCUAGAGAUCGUCUUGGAAGACGAAAAUCAGUGAUAGCCGCGCAAGAACAACGCGUCAACAGCCAUAAACAAGAAGGCGAUGUCGAGAUUCAUGUGUGUGACGAAGUGAAAGGCCUGAAAAAAGACUUCAGAUGUCCUCAGAAACUUUUGGUGUCCAAAAUGGGGUACUUUGCUGACGUGACGGCCGGUCAAAGAUUGGAAGACAUGGAUAUAUCGGUGCAUUGUGAUAUACAGAUUUUUGACUGGCUGAUGCGAUGGGUUAAGAGAGACACGAUUUUGGUGGCAGACUGGCCGCUGCUCGACCCUCACAACGUGGUGCCUAUACUCGUCUCCGCAUCUUUCUUACAGAUGGAGCCACUACUCCACGACUGCUUCAUCUACUGCCACGCGCACUUGAACGAGAUCGUCAAGACAUCGACCAACCUCGCUUGCCUCAGCGAUGCCUUGCUAAACAGACUAGCAGCAAUGUACACGAACGAAGAGCUGGAGGCGAUCCGGGACAGGAAGGACAAAAUCCAGUCCCGGCUGUAUUGCAAGAUGAUCCUGUCACUAGCUGAACCAGUGCCGGAGACACUGCGCGGCCACUAUGCCACCCUCGCCACGCUGUUCAAAUGCAGCAAAUGCAACAAGCUGCUGGGGCGACACGUGGCGGAGCAGGUGCCAUGCCAGCCGGCCAGUAUGCGCGUCGACCGCCGUGGAAACGUCAUCUCCGUACACACAAAGGAUCCAACGUGGAGCCUGAACGAGUAUAUAACGUGGUUGUACGGUGAGCUGCGGUCGUGGCGGCGCGUCUACUGGCGGUUGUGGGCCGACUGCCACUUCCUGCGCUGCCAGCUCUGCGACAGCUUCUUCCCUGCUUAUCAGAUGGAGUGGUGCAGCCACCACGAGCAGCCGCCUCACAUGUUUGCUUUGGAGGGCCGCUCCCCGCUGCCAGCCGGCCGCUACCCCUGCUGCGGCGAGCGUGCCUACCGCUUCGAGACCAUUACCAGGAACACUGGUUGCCAGUUCCGCGAGCACAUGACGGACGAGCGACUGGCGUCAGACGCGGCUGUGAUGGAGAUCUACGGCAAGUUCCGCGAUAUCAUCGCCAUGCGCCCGCCGCAGCUCAUGUUCCCCGACCGGCUCACCCGACUGGUUGCUAGAGAUCCGGGAGAGGACAGCAACGGCCGCCUGCAAUGCAAGGAGGUCUUCUGGUGGGAGGGCAUCCAACUGGUGCCCUCUAGACCCUCCCUCGGUCUACUCGGCAAGCUGUACACCAGCAAUAACAAGUUCAACCCAUGUGCGCGGCCCGAGUCACCCUCUCUGGCCGUGGCGAGAGCGUCGUGUCAUUCGUGCCACUCACUGGCUGGAAACUGUUCGAGCACGACCUCCCCGACCGAAAACGUCAACAACCCCAGUGCGAUCAAGGAGCCACGUCUCAAGUCCCCACCCAGGCCUGAAGGCUCCAAAACCAAGAAAGGCGCGUGCGGGGGCGGAGACUCCGGCGACUGCGGCGACGAGCAGGAGAGCUCUUCUGACGAGAGUGAGCAGAGCGCCGGGUCGGGCAGGAGCGAUGAAGACGCCCCGCCGCGACGGGCUCCGCGCCCGCCGCCGCCGCAUGCGCGGAAUAACAGCAGCAAGCGGUCCCGCGUGGUGGGCCGCCAGUGGGUGGCGUCGCUGUCGGCCCGCAGCAACCAGGACGGCCAGAGGCGCUUCGAGGAGCGCGCCGCGCGGCAGAUGCGGGCCGCGCUCGCCCGCCGCGCCGCCCUGCCGCCCACCAAGAUCAAGACCCCACCAGGCGGUAUCUACGCGCGGCUGGAGGCGGAGUGGCGCGAGCGCCACGGCCAGCGGCCGCGCAACGCGUCGUCGGCGCGGCCGCGACACCCCGCCAAGUACAAGUGACUGCAAUAAACUGCUCUG